AGCUGUGGUAUAUCUUUUUUUUUUUUUAUGUAUACAAGGAAACCCAUUGAAACCAUCUCAUUUUCAAUGGUGCCCUGUAGAUAUCUUCUGUCUAAUAGCUGUUCUUAGUCACAACUCAUUGUGAAAUGCCUGGACAAAGUGAUGUCAUACCUGUGGAAACUCAGAGUUCUUUAACUUUUCUGGAUGGUCUGACCUUCAUCUCUUAAAGUAAUGAUGAACUGUGGUUUCUCUUUGCUUAUUUGAGCUGUUCUUGACAUAAUAUGGACUACUACACUACAAACGUAAUGAUGGUCUUUUGUAUACCCCCGUAAUACAUUGAGAAGGAAAGAAAAUUCCUCAAAUUAACUUUUAACAAGGCGCACCUGGUAAUUGAAAUGGUGAUUUCCAGUGGACUACCUUGUGAAGCUGGUUCAGAUUGCUGUGUGCAAAAUGUCAGUGCAAAUGGUGGCUAUUUUGAAGAAUCUACAAUAUGAAAUGUAUUUUGUUUAACACUAAUCUUUGGAUGCUACCUGAUCCCAUGUGUUUUUCAUAAUUUUGAUGUCUUUACUGGAAAUAUAUUGGAUGAAAAAUACCUUUUGAAUGAAAAGGUGUCAAAAAUGUUGAUUGGUACUGUACAUGACCUUACCACUUGGUGGCUAUUGCUGCUCUGCUUGAGAAUAGGGAAGCUCCUCACAUUAAUGUCCCGUUAUGUGCCAUUCAUUAGUAAAGACGACUGGCAAUGACACUACAGUGAACAAACCGAGAGGGAAAAAAAUUCAGUAUUCAUUUCUCAGUGCUAUUUAAGCUUGGCAUUUGCACAGGUCCCAAAGUACCAGUUUAGGUCUGCCUCUGUGAUUUUUAUUUAGACUUUAUACCUGUUGAGGUACUUUGUUCAUGUAUUGAAGCAAAAAUGAUUUGGGCAACAGUAACUGUUUUGCUUAUGUUAGUUCAGUGUUCACACAACGAGGAUUUCUGUUAUGACGAAGGUCACUGUGAUCCAUAUGCAUGGGGAGACAUGUUCCCAUCCUGCCACCCAAUCCUUGAGGAGCAUCAUUCUCCAAUAAACCUUGAUCACCAUAUGAUCAGAAAUGAGUCAUUGGAGGCUUUAAAUCUGGAUGGUUUUGAUUCUGUUCAUACAGGACAAUGGAAACUGAAAAACAAUGGGCAUUCUGUUUGCUUGGAGGUUGGGAAUGGGAUGUCUGUGGCUGGUGGAGGUCUUCCAGGGGUGUACCACAGUCAGCUCCACUUUCACUGGGGAAGCCAGAACUCCAACGUCGAGCACACGGUGGACAGGCACAGAUAUCCUAUGGAGGGUUAUAGCGAUAUGCACAUAGUCAACAUGAAGUCGAGUCACCCCAAUUUGACUUCUGCCUUGGAAGACCCGACAGGCCUAGCAGUUCUUGGAUUCUUUAUCGAUCUCAAUUACAUAGACCAUGAACACUUUGGACAAAUUUCAAACCUACUUCCCACCAUUGCCUACAAAGGUCAGACGGUUUCAGUCAAGCCAUUUCCAUUGAUCAGCCUUCUACCGGAGAGACACUUGUCCAAGUACUACCGUUACCACGGUAGCCUCACCACUCCUCCUUGCUCUCGGGCGGUUCUAUGGACAAUGUAUGAAGUGCCCAUCUUUAUCUCAUGGUCACAGUUUGAACAGUUUGCCACUGGGAUUUUCUCCACAAAGCGGGACGAAAAAUUGGUGUCACAUCUCCAUGACAAUUUCCGACAUAUCCAUCCCACUUUUGGUCGCAGCAUCUACGCCUCCAAAGAUGCCAAGCUACUCUCAGCAACGGCCACUAAUCUCUUCUUGCCUUUACUCUUAAUACUUCUGCUUCAAAUGACUAACUGUUGGGCUCAUCUAUGGACUGUAGGUUUAGGCUCAGGGCUGUUUUAUUGAUACUGGUUGAGGAACAAAUAAAAUACUGAGAAAAAUAAGUAAUUAUAGGCAAUUGUUUACUAUCAUUGACCACUGUACAUUUUCACCCAGUAUUACUGUCAUUGUUGAAUUAUAGGGUUAUGUUUCAUUACAUGUUUAACAUUUCAAUCCAUAACAUUGACUACUGUGCUCAAUUCAAUCAAACCGCAUUGCAGUGUUUCCACAAAGCUCCCUUGGAUACUGUAUAAAAAUGUACAACUACUACUAAGUCAACCCACCCCCAAACAGACGUCACUAAUCAUAAUUAGUGUGUACAUACAAGUGCAUCUAAAAAAAAAUAGAAUCUUUUGGAAUCUUUUUUUUUU